CUCAGCAGUCAGCACAAUAUAUACACUUAAGUUAUACUAGAAAGUGACCCCAAAGAAAAAGAAAAAAAGUGUCAAUCAAUUAAGGUCAACUCAAGAGUUAGAGACAGAGAAGAACAAAGACAGAAGAGACUUUGUGACUUGAGAGGGAGAGAGAACAGAGAAAAGUCGUCUUUGAGGGUAAACCAAUGGAACCGGUGAUAAUCGGUGCGCUAAUAUUAGAUGUUCACGCUAAGCCGGCAACCACACCAAUCUCAGGAACCACCGUCCCUGGCCAGGUCUUGUUUACGCCGGGCGGUGUAGCAAGAAAUGUAGCUGAUUGCAUCUUCAAGCUUGGAAUUAAACCUUUCAUGAUUGGCACUUUGGGCCUUGAUGCUCCAGCCAAUGCACUGUUGAAAGAGUGGAAGCUCUCCACUGAAGGAAUCUUGAGACGUGAAGACAUCACUACUCCCAUUGUCUCCCUUGUAUAUGAUAUGAAUGGAGAAGUUUCGGCUGGUGUUGCUGGUGUUGAUGCAGUUGAAAAGUUUCUGACACCUGCGUGGAUCCAGCGGUUUGUAAAAAACAUAAGCUCAGCGCCUGUUCUUAUGCUAGAUGCAAAUCUUAGCACUCUUGCUUUGGAAGCAUCUUGUAAAUUGGCUGCAGAGUUCAAUGUUCCUGUAUGGUUUGAGCCCGUGUCAGUCACAAAGUCACGGAGAAUUGCCUCGAUUGCCAAGUAUGUAACGAUGGUGUCUCCGAACCAAGACGAACUCGUAGCAAUGGCAAAUGCUCUCUGCACCAGGAAUUUGUUCCACCCCUUUAAACCAGAAGAAAGUAAGCUUUCAAUCGAAGACAUGUUCUGCGUGCUAAAGCCAGCCAUUUGGGUUCUCCUUGAAAAUGGUAUUAAAGUAGUUAUUGUAACCCUCGGCUCAAAUGGAGCUCUCCUAUGCUCCAAGGAAAAUCCAACAAGGGCUCUUAACAUAAACCGAAAGCUCCCCAAAAGUGGAGAGAUUUUCAAACGUGUACAAUCGGUAUGUUCACCAAACCGGUUUUCUGAAUCCAGCCCGGGGCUUUUCGCAAUGCAUUUCCCGACCAUCCCAGCCAAAGUGAAGAAGCUCACUGGCGCAGGUGAUUGUCUAGUAGGGGGCACAGUUGCAUCGCUAAGCGAUGGGUUAGAUCUAAUCCAAAGUUUAGCGGUUGGCAUUGCCUCAGCUAAAGCAGCAGUCGAGUCAGAUGAAAAUGUGCCUCCUGAGUUCAAUCUAGAUCUUGUUUCUGAUGAUGCAGAGUUGGUAUACAAUGGAGCGAAGAUGUUAUUAGUUCAUCAGUCUAUGCUAUGAAGGAUUCAUGAUCUUGUUGGUUCUAUUACUAAAGAAUGUAGUUGGCCUCUGUGCUUUGCAAUUGUUUUUUUUUUUGCUCAAAAUAGAAAGCAAAUAUAAAAUUAACCUUUCUUAAAUACUUUCCUAAAUCCUAAAUCAAAUGCGAAUGAAGAACCUGUCUCUAAUCA